AAAUGUCAUCGUCCAAUAAGAGAACUGGAUAAAUUAGCUAUUCACGUUAAGACUAGCGCAGGGCAUGAAAACUUCACCGAAGGCUCACAACAAGGUAUCCGAAUUCGUGGUUGGACGAUCUCAACCACUAAACUUCCAAUCUUUAGUUCACAAGAAAUUGAUCGAGUACAAAAACAACUUUCUAUUCCACUCCCGGAAAUGUUUUUUGGCAAUAAUAAAUUACAAGUAGCCAAUGAACACGGUGUUGUUUUUGAAUUAUCACCGGUAGAUGCGUUAAAAUUUAUUGAUGCAACUGAAGAAGGUGGAAAUAAAGUUAAAGUCGCAUAUUCAGAAGAAUGGAAGCAUAAAAGUGCCAAGAAUCAUGGACAUAUCAAAGAUGUAGUCAAACCUUACGAUUGGACAUAUUCCACUUCAUAUUCUGGCACAUUGAUACAUGGGCAUCAAGAGUUUGAAAAAACUACUGACAGAAUUAACGUGGAAAAACUCAAACUUCCUGAGCCGAUUUUAUUUUAUGAUGAAGUUAUUUUGUUUGAAGAUGAAUUAGCCGAUAAUGGAACUGCGAUACUUAAUGCUAAAGUGCGAGUUAUGCCAUCUGGAUUUUUCAUACUUCAACGAUUCUUCCUACGCGUUGAUGAUGUAUUAUUUCAAUUGAACGAAACAAGAGUGUAUCAUGAAUUUGGAUCAAAUUAUAUAUUAAGAGAAUAUUCUUCAAGAGAGAUUCCUUAUAAUAAAAUUAAAGCGCAAAUACCAAAAGAUAAAGGCAACGACAUAUCACAACUCACGGAUCCAGAUUGGGUAUCUUCUAAAUUACCAAAAUCAAAAGAACAUGACUUAAUAUUGGAAAGGUUGCGUGUUGUUCCUUUAUUACCGUAA